GGGGAGGGAAAGCAACCGGGUAGCGCCUGUCCGCCCGGUUCCAAAGCCAAGAACAGAACAGAGCGCUCCCUCCUCAAACCCCCCACCACCACCGGGACAGAGAGAGAGGCCACGAGGAGGAGAUAAAGGGGAAAUCAUGGAGGCGAUUUGCUGUGGAGAUUCGGGUGCGUGAUCUGGUCGGAUCCUGCUUUCCCGGGAAGAGGCCGUGGCGGUGGUGCCGGUGAUGUGGUCUGUGGUGGGUGCUGCCAUGGUGUGGUGUGAGUGAAUGAUGUCCUCCGCCCCCGCCUAUAUCCUCCCCGUAGCCCCCCCUCCCUGCCCCGAGAUGCCGCAUCUGCCCUCUCCCCUCCACCUCUCCAAUCCAAGCCUCCCUCCGGCGGCGGCGACGGCGGAGAGACCGGCGAGAUCCUACUCUGUCUCUGUCUGAGCGCGAGGAGAGGCAGAAAGAUUGGGAGGGCCUCCGUGCGGAUAGGCUCGGUUCCUCUGGUUCUUGCUCCGCCUACGAGCCAUGACGGUGGUCGACGCCGAGGCCCGGUUCCACGUCCUGGCGGUGGACGACAGCGUCAUCGACCGGAAGCUCAUCGAGAUGCUGCUCAGGACCUCCUCCUACCAAGUCACCAUGGUGGACUCCGGGAGCAAGGCGCUGGAGGUCCUGGGACUGAGAGAAGAGGGCGACGACGACUCCUCAUCCCCUUCCUCCUCCGCCCCUGACCACCAUCAGGAGGUGGGCGUGAAUUUGAUCAUCACAGACUACUGCAUGCCUGGCAUGACAGGAUACGAUCUGCUGAGGAGGGUCAAGGGGUCAUCUUCAUUGAAGGACAUUCCAGUGGUGAUCAUGUCGUCUGAGAAUGUGCCUGCCAGGAUCAGCAGGUCAGCCAGCACCAUAACCUCCCUCCCUCCAUGAAUGCUCUGCUCUGCUCUGCCCCUACUUUUUACUAGUACCAGUAGCUCAUGAAAUCGGCGUGUUGUAGUAAAUGGGAAUGAUUUGGUUUUCACUGUUCCGGCGUCUGCCUGCCUGCAUCUGGUUUUGUUUUAACAGUGCAGUACAUGGUCCUCUUAUGUACUGUGUGAUGAGAUGGGGGUCGGAGUAGGGGGGCUGUGGUGGGGAGCAGAAGGAAUAUCUUGCCAUCAUAGAGCAGCAGUUCUUGCUUAAAGGAGGAGUAGUUAAAUACCGAAGAAGAUGAUUUGAUCAUUUUGUUUCCAAGGAAGAACGCUGACAGAAAGAAUCAUAUAUUGAACCUUAGAAUAGCAGACAUUCAGAUCAACUCUGUAGUCCGCAGUGUAGCUCGGCUAGCAGUUUACACGACAAUAAAAGAACAUGUAAAGUAAGAGGAUAAAUAAAUACUUCUCCAGCAGUA